AUGUUGCCUCAUACAAAGAAUCAAACAAGGCAAAAAGGAAAAGGAUCCAUUCAGCCAGGCAAUCCUCAUGGUUCAAACGGCCCUGUCUCUGGUCAGCAGCAGCUGGGAGAAAGCGUGACAGUUGAAGACCCCCAAGUAUGGACUCUUGCAUUGACUGCGUUGGAGCAAGUGACGUUAGAGGGUCGGACCGCCAAUGAACAAGAUAUUCAUCGUGAAACGGAGAUUGCACAGUAUCGGAAGGGAUAUGCGGUACUUCGAUUUGUUGGUCAAGGAGCUGUCCAGGGGGUCGUUCAAAUUGACCAAGAUCCAAAUCACCGAGCCAACCCCCGCCCUCUUAACAAAGAGCACCUUGCCCAGCUAACAUCAGCAAUUGCGACUAAUGGAGUUAUUGGAGACCGACAAACCCCGGUACGAGUGAGGGCUCCCCCGGCAGGGCUAGAUCCAACGCUUGAACAGCAAAUGAAGGCCGUUGACAUUACCAACCCGGCAUCUCCUAUCCCAACUUUACAGCUAAUCCGAGAAAAUCCAGACAGAGAAGAACAGCUUGAGCGGGAGCUUUUUGCACUAUCGGACGGAAAUCGACUCUUGAGUCAAGAGGAGGUUACUGAGCGGAAGGUCCAGCUCGCGCAGCUUCGGAAAGGGCGAAAGUUAGCGUACUUGUUGAAUGGAAACCACCGUAUUAGUGCUAUGAUUGCUGCAUGCGAACCACUGGUCAGUGCAGCACUGUAUCUAGCAAUGUGCGAGCGGAAUAGGACGGAGGAUUUUGAUGCAAAAACGGAGUGGGAAAAUCUCACAGCGUUAGUCUCAAAGGCAACAUAUGUGGUGGAGGUAUUUGAUUACAAUACGCCUCCACACGUAAUCGCUUGGCUUUCCGAGAACGAGCAGGCACAACCCCAAUACUCGCCUCUAGCUGGAGAGACAUUGUGGUCACUUGUUCAGUCACAGGAAACUACGACCGCAAUCAUGAUAAAGGAAGGAAAGGCACUCAGUCGGGAGGAUGCUAUUGCAAAAAUCAACACUUUACGGUAUCUCCAGCAAGCGUCGAAGCUUUUAGAUCCCAAUCAGACAAACCCACUUGGUCAAUCGUCAAAACUCUCAACGCGCCGGCGCGGUAUUUCACUUGGAGAUAAGGAGUGCCUGGAGCUCAUGUCUUACCCAACCACCAUGGAGAUGGUCUGCGACACCCGUAUGGCCUUAUGCGUAUAUAAUAAUCGUAUCACCAAUUCGCAUGCCGACGCAUUGAGAUCAGAUCAAGGAGCUGCUUUCGUGGCUCACGUAUGGAUGGGGAUGCGCCUGCUGAACACACUUGCCAAUACAACGCUUGGGACAGGAUUGUCAGAAUCGGAAGACUUGGUGGCUUCAUUUGACAUCCAGAAUAUAACGCCGACUGGCUUAGAGGAGUCAAGCACCUUGUUCUCCAAUCUGAUAUCGAAGCCGCAAGAGGUGCCAGCUUUAUUGUCCUACUGGGAGCCAAGCGGUCACUCCAUUUUUGAGGAGUUACUGGCAAAGCAUAUUUAUGGGAAAGGCCUAUCAGUUUGCAAAGGUGACUAUUAUAAUCCAACGUUCGUAUGCGCACUACGACGCACCUACUUUGAGCUUGGCAUUCGGCUGUGUAAAAGGAGUGAAGGAGAUGAGAAAGGAAAGCGUCUUGGCGUUGCAACUUCAUUGUAUGCGCUUCUCCCAAUCUGGAGGUUAGGCACUGUCAUGAACCAGCCAGCAUUUUAUCCUGCUGCCAUUCUCCCAUGCAAAACUGUGUACUCGGCCUACGAAAAAAGCAUCAAGUCAACCGGAGAGACUGUUGCAAACUGGACGAUUGAACUUCUACUUGAUCGUUUUCAAUUGCCCUGGACAGCUGGUUCAACAACCCCAGGCAAGAGUUGUCAGAGCUCAAACCUUGGACCAAUGGAGGCACGUUUAUCCACAGCCCUUAACUUUCUUGAAGACUCUCGUCUGGAUGCGGCUAUUCAUGCUAUCAAUGAAACACGAAAAGACGACAAUAGUCAAAAGUUGGUUGCAGGAUUUACCGCACAAGAGCUUUGCAUAGCCUGUCAUGCAAUGAAAACUGGGGUUGUCAAUCAUCCAAUUCUCUCAAGAAUCAUGCCACGAAUUGGCAGCUCACACGGAACUUUGGGAGAAGUUCAGAAGAAGCUUAUUGAGGCUCGCAAGGGCGUCAAAUCAUUCUUAUUGGAUUCGAAUCAGACAGUUGGCCAGCUUUAUUCAGCACAUCCUAUACUCAAUCUCAUACCCCAAGAUUAUUUCGUUGCCUGGAAUCCUCGGGAAUGGGCCCAAGGAUGGAAUGAUGAUGACAGAAAACUGAUUGGCACAGCAACUGCGUUAAUCGGCUGGUUUCUUAUCAGCAAGGAGCUUCGACUAUCAAUCUUGCCUACCGUUUUUAGUUCACUUCCCCAGUCCCGCUUUCUCCUUCAUAUGAUACGAAGGCUUCAUUCUCUUGGAGAGAGAAUACCAUGGUGGGAUGGAGCUCCCGGGUUUAUUGAGGACUCACCCAACAUUACUCAAGCAUACGCCCCAGGCAACACGCAACCUGAAAAUAACCCCUCGCAGGAUCGUUUUAGGAGAGGAAAACGCAACCAACCUCCCACUAAGCUAACUACUAUCACUGGUUCCUCGGCAGGUGCUUUUGAGUUCGGCAGCUCGCCAUCAACAACAGUACAUCCGAACAUGGCAGGGAAAAAAAGCAACAAGGUUUUAAACAACGAUUUAGGAAUGUCACCUGUUAGCCCUCAGGCGGCGUUUCUUACAUCAGAUUGUGAAGAGAACCGGACACUCCAGAAAGAGGAUAACGGAAAUAGUAUGGGACAAUAUAACAAACAUGGCAAGAACUGUCUCACUUCGGCAGCAUUUUCGGACUCUAUUAACCCAGGCCAUGUGCUUGUUGGGCGUCCCACUCUCCUGGAAGGCGGGAUCGACAGUGCGUUUGCAUGCCAAGACCAUAGCAUUCCUACAAGUCUUGCUGCUGUAAACAGUGCUACCCGUAAACUGGAUAGUAUGGAGGAGGUGAUUGAAAUGCUGAUGAAGGAAAGGCAGAAUCUCAGAAGGUCGUUAUCAAUUGUCUGCCACACAGCUUCCAAGGGUUUGGAGCGGUUUCCUUACGCACCAGAAUAUGCGGUUUCGGCUCUACCUUACUUGAUCCAAAUGUGCAAGGAUGCAUUUAUUAGUCGCAUUGCAGUGAUCCUAGCAGAACACUGGGGAGAAGCAGAUCCUGUUCCAGGUGCCGGUAUGCUGGAUGCACUGGCAAUCGCUGCCACAGAUGGGUUGUAUGAUAGCGAUCUGUUCACCAUUGAUUCCCAAGGUAAAAUCCAGCUUAAUCUGAAGCGUACAUACCCAAUGGGUAUUCAGUCCGAGUUGGAACAAUCGCAAUACGCAGUAAACUUCAAGAAUCCUGUAGGUGGUGGGGAUCCAAUAGAUCUGAACUCAGCUUGGGAGCGCAUGUCCCAGUUUAUCCCCACCCAAGGCUACGGAAGAACCAUUUCGGAAGCCAGCAGCCGAGGAGUUGAAGGACUAUUUGCCACCGUUGCAAACGAAUCACUUGCAAAUAAGCCACAGUUUCGAACGUUUGCAUCGCCAGCCAUUGACGCCGAAGAUACACCAAGAUUUGACGACAAUAUGCCAAACUUACAUGGAUUGCGUGAUCGUAUUCGUGAACUGCUCUCCAAGUCGAAAGAGUCACUUGCGGAACAUCUUUCGUUUGACGUCGUCACGCCACACUUGCACACCAUGGUCCACAAUUACCAUCCUUCAAUAUCAACUGGGGUGUACAAUGGAUAUGUGACACCCAAUACCCCGCCCAUAGUCCAAUCCGCAGCAGAAGCAUUCCAGCUCGAGGCAAAUUCCCGUUGGGCUGAUAUUGUUCAAAGUCGUCUUGAGGUAUAUCCACCUCCUUCCACUCAUCAGCUGUCCAACCGCCCUCCCGCAUCCAUAGCCAUGGAUAACUUUGAGCUAGGGUGCUCAGUUUCUACUCCACAACGGAAUAGCAAACGUGCAAUAAAGACUCAAGUGGGGCCAUUUUCACCGCUACCAAGUGCUCGGAGCUUUUCUCCCCCGUUUUCCAUGUCCCAAAGCUCAGUUAUGUUAUCGCCCGAGCUAAGCCACAUUCAGCAACUGGGCUCUCCUACCACGUCAGAUGCCCUAAUCCCGGAGUCUCUCAACCAUUUGGCACCGUAUACAUUAAGCUCGCCCACCUUGCCAUAUUCCCAAGUCAAACGGAUGAUAGGAGAACGAAGUCUAACACCUCCAACCCCAAACACAACCCCGCCCCAACCCCAAAAUCAACGUAAACGUGUGCGAAGAGGUUCCACAACUAUCUCACAAGGUAUGAGCCGCAAAUAUGUCCGGGUUGGGAGUGCCGAAAGCAGUUUGGAAUCAUAA